GCCAACAUGGCGGGCAGACUAGGCCGGUUCCUGAAGGAGACCUGGUCCAAGGAGCCAGUGCUGACGGUGUCCUUCGCCAUCGGAACUAUGGCUCUGCUCUUACCUUCGUUAAGCCCCUAUACGAAGUAUGCAACCAUGAUCAACCAAGCUACACCUUACAACUACCCUGUUCCUGUUCGAGAUGAUGGCAACAUGCCUGACAUCCCCAGCCACCCUCAGGAUCCUCAGGGUCCUUCCCUCCAGUGGUUGAAGAAUCUGUGAAUCUUCCAUCUGUUUUCCCCUUUCCCCCCAAAUAAAUGUCCUUGUCUUAUCCCAAAAAAAAAAAAAAAAAAAAGAAAUA